AUGAAGAGAGGAGGCCAGUUAUGGAUCUUGUGCUUACUCUACAGUUGCUGCAAGAGCAAAACACCAGUGCAGAUAGUUCAGCGCCCUGCAGUCUCUACAAGUCUAUGCUCCACUUGGGGUAAUUUCCACUUUCAAACAUUUGACCAGGUCAAAUUUGACUUCUCUGGAACAUGCCAAUAUGUUUUUGCUUCACACUGUAAUGACAGUUAUCAGGACUUCAAUAUCCAGAUCAGAAGGAGCGUCAACAAUAGGACUGCUGUGUAUUUCACUGCUACCAUAGAUGGAGUGCUUCUGGAGGUGAAAAAAUCAGGCAUUACAGUAAAUGGGAAAAGAAUUCUUCUACCCUUCAGCAUGAAGAGUGUUCUACUAGAAGACAUUUGUGCUUACUUCCAAGUGACCUCCAAACUAGGCUUGAUUCUCAAGUGGAAUUGGAGUGACACUCUACUACUAGAUUUAGAAGAUGCAUACAUGCAGAAAACAUGUGGCCUGUGUGGGAACUAUGAUGGCAAUCAAAAGAAUGAUUUGAUCUUGAAUGGCUUUCAUCUACUCCCACGGCAAUAUGGCAACCUACAAAAAGUAGAAGAGCCAACAGAGGAGUGCCCUGAUGUACUUGAAGAAAAUAAAGAUGGCAGGAAGAACAAAUAUGCCUCUCGUCAGAAAGAUAAAUGCAAGAAUAAAUACAAAUCUAAUUGCAAGAGAAUCCUGUCAUACGUUGGAAAUUGCUCUAAAGUGGUUGCCAUUGAUUAUUAUCUAGCUGCCUGCACUGACGAUAUGUGUGGUUGUACACAGAAGUCUUCUUAUUCGGACCUGGUUGCAAGCUGUGUUUGCAGUACACUCAGCCAGUAUUCCCGAGAUUGUGUCCUCAGGGGAGGAGACCCUGGGAAAUGGAGAUCCAAGAAGCUGUGCUUCCAAGAAUGCCCAACCAACCUGGAAUAUAUGGAAUGUGGAAACCCCUGUAUUGACACUUGCUCCAACCCCGAAAGGAGCAAAAUGUGUAAAGCCCCAUGUACUGACGGAUGCUACUGUUCUAAGGGAACAAUUCUUGAUGACAUCAGCAACAAAAAAUGCAUCCCUGUUGACAGCUGUCCUUGCCUCUAUCAAGGCAAAAUCUAUAGCACUGGAGAGACCUACUCUACCCCCUGCCAAAACUGUACCUGCACUAGAGGAAAAUGGUUUUGCUUAUCAUUGCCCUGUUCUGGAAACUGUAAUGUUGAAGGAGGAUUUCACAUAACUACAUUUGAUAAGAAAAAAUUUAUUUUCCAUGGCAACUGCCGCUAUGUCUUAUCAAAGGACACAGAUGGUUCCUUUGUGAUUAUUGGAGAGAUUGUUCAGUGUGGUGCUUCAAACACUAUGACAUGCUUGAAUAAUGUCUUAAUCACAUUAGGAGUUGUUACUAUAAAAGUGUGUGCCUUUGGAAAUGUCUAUAUCAAUAAUGUUAUUGCUGCGUUGCCCUUAACUAAAGAUGGCAUCAUCCUCUUCAGACCAUCUACAUUUUUUGUCAACAUUAUGACAUCUUCACGAAUAGAAAUUCAAGUGCAACUAAAACCCACUAUGCAGAUCUUCAUAAUGGUAGAUGAAACUUACCACAAUCGAACAUCUGGACUUUGUGGAAAUUUCAAUAAUAUAGAGACUGAUGAUUUUCGAACUGUCAGUGGGAUUGUGGAAGAUUCAGCUUCAGCAUUUGGAAACUCAUGGAAAAUCACAGCCAGCUGUGAGGAUGUUCAAGACAGCAUUGAAGAUCCAUGUCUGAAGAGUGUGGAGAAAGCAAAAUUUGGGCAGCAUUGGUGUGCCCUUCUGUCAAAUGCAAGAGGGGUAUUUGCAAAGUGUCAUCCAGUUAUAGACCCCACUCCUUAUGUUAAGAACUGUGCUUAUGACACCUGUAAUGCUGAGAAGAGUGAAGAAGCUCUGUGUGCUGUAUUCUCUGUGUAUGCCAGAAGCUGCGCUGCAAAAGGAAUAUUCCUAAAAGGCUGGAGAAGUGGUAUCUGUGAUGUCUCCAAGGAAUGUCCCAAAACAAUGGAAUAUAGCUAUGAAGUGAAGUUCUGUAACAGUUCCUGCCAUUCUCUGAGUGAACCUGAUGUAUUGUGUAAUGUCCAGAGUGUCCCUACAGAAGGCUGCCACUGUCCUGAGGGGACCUACCUAGUGACUGAAGAAAAAUGUGUUUCUCCAGAGGAUUGUCCUUGCUACUAUAAGGACCAGAUGAUCCAGCCUGGGGAUUCAUUCCAAAAGGACAAUUUCAUGUGCAAAUGCAUUCGAGGGCAAUUGGACUGCAUUGGAAACAAGAAAGCUGGGAAAGAUUGUCCUCCUCCUAUGUAUUACUUUGACUGCAGCUCUGCUGGCCCAAAUACAAGUGGUUCAGAAUGUCAGAAAAGUUGUAAAACUCAAGACAUGCAGUGUUAUGCUACAGAAUGUGUCUCUGGAUGCAUUUGUCCUGAUGGACUGGUGUCUGAUGGUAAUGGCUCUUGUGUAGAAGAGGAACAAUGUCCUUGCAUCCAUGGAGGAAAUUUCUAUAGUUCUGGCACAAAGAUCACAGUCAACUGUAAUACAUGCAUAUGCUACAAGAGACAAUGGAACUGUACAACCAACACUUGCCAUGGAAUAUGCUCUGUUUAUGGGAAUGGACAUUACCUCAGCUUUGAUGGACAGAAAUUUGAUUUUGUGGGAGAUUGUGAUUAUAUCCUAGCUCAGGACUUCUGCCCCAAUAAUCCCCAGCAAGGCACCUUUCGAAUUGUAGUGCAAAACAGCGCAUGCGGUAAAUCCCCAACUAUUUGUGCCUUGAAAAUCAAUGUGAUAUUGCAGAGCAGCGAAAUCAGACUUUCAUCUGGAAAAAUUGAGGUGAUAACCAGUAAGCCAGGCAUAGGAAAAAACUAUAAAUUCUACCUUAUGGGACUUUAUAUUGUAAUUGAAAUUUUCAAUGGAGUGACUUUUAUGUGGGACGAGAAGACAACAGUGAUUGUACAAGUAGCACCCUCUUUUCAGGGCAAAGUUUGUGGUCUUUGUGGUGAUUUUGACAACAGUGCCCACAAUGACUUUACCAGCAGAGGGCAGUCUGUUGAGAUGCUUGCACAGACAUUUGGAAGCAGCUGGAAAGUCACCACUAGCUGUUCAGACACAAACAAGACUGAUCCAUGUGCAGCUCAGCCUCUCAAGCUUGUACUGGGGCAAAAGCACUGUAGUAUUAUCAAGAGUGAAAUUUUCAAACCCUGUCACAGUAAGGUCAACCCUACACCCUAUUAUGAGUCCUGUGUAUCUGAUUUCUGCGAGUGUAAUAGUGUGGGAGACUCUGAGUGCUUCUGUACUGCAGUGGCUGCUUAUUCCUGGAGCUGCAACAGAGCUAAUAUCUGCAUUGACUGGCGAACUCCUUCAGCUUGUCCUGUGUUCUGCGACUACUAUAACCAAUCCUACAAAACGGAGUGGCAUUAUAAACCUUGUGGAGACCCUUGUUUAAGGACUUGCAGGAAUUGUGCAGGAACAUGUGGCAAUCUAGUAUAUAGUUGGGAAGGCUGCUACCCAAAGUGCAGUUCUGAGAAGCCAUAUUAUGAUGAGGAAAAAAGAGAAUGUGUCUCUGCACCCAAAUGCUCCUCAUGUGAUCCAAAAGAAAAACUGUCCCUGAAAGAUUCCAAUGGUACAAUUUACAAAGGGCUUAACUUGGUGGAUUCACCUCAAGGAUCAGAAAUUGCUCCUCCAGUUCAGAGAUCAGGAAAGGUAGCAGUGCCUCCCACAACCUUACCAGCAACAACAAAAAUGACAGUACCUCCUUGCUACUGCAAUGUAAAUGGAAAGCUGAUAACUAAUGGCAGUAGUGAGUUUGUGACAAUGGAUACUUCAGAUUGGUGUAUCUAUGCCUUUUGUAAUACAUCAUGCCAGAUUGAAUUCAACUAUGGAGAAUGUUCCUUUACUGUGAUCACCACUACCAAACCUUCCAUGAUCUCCAAGAGCCCUUGUAAGGGGAAUUUUCGGAGUUGUUGGAAUAAGCCUCCUCCCUAUGUAAUAAGGAAAUCUGACCCCACACGUACUCCUGUGAGUGAUUGCACCGAUCUCAAUCCCCCUAGAAAGUUACAAGAAACAUGGAAGUUUGGAAGCUGCCAAGUUGCCACUUGCUUAGGAGGUGGAAACCACAUUAAAAUAUCUGAUGUGCACUGUCCACCUCAGAAGUUAAAACUCUGUGUCAAUGGAUUGCCUCUAGUAAAAAACCGUGAAACAUCAGGUUGUUGUGAGGUUUUGGAAUGCCAAUGUACAUGCAGUGGAUGGGGAAAUCUACACUAUGUAACAUUUGAUGGAUCCUAUUAUAAUUUCCAUGGAAACUGCACCUAUUUACUGGUGAAACCAACCAGACCUGGCUUUCAGAACUUCUGGAUCCAAAUGGAUAAUCACUAUAUUGCUGCGUUAGAUAAAGCUGUUUACUCUAUGACCCUUUUCAUAUUUUAUAACCAUUCUAUGAUUACUUUGACACAAGUGGUAGAGAAUGGAAAAGAAGGCAAUCUGGUUCUGUUUAACAAUGAAGAAAUUGUUCCAAGUUUUUCUAAGGAUGGCAUUGAUAUCUUCAGCUUUGAUCAACACAUUGUAGUUAAAAUACCUGAAAUUAGACUUUUGGUCUCCUACACUCACCUUGCUUUUCAUAUAAGCCUGCCUUUCAGCACAUUUUAUAACAAUACUGAAGGGCAAUGUGGUACAUGCACCAACAAAAAAACAGAUGAUGCAAUGAAAAGGAAUGGCAAGAUGGCAGACUCUUUCACAGAAAUGGCAAUGGACUGGAAAGUGAUGGACCUUGCUACUAGAUAUUGUGAUUCAGGUCAACAUCUGACAUCUUCUCAGUUUGAAAUGUUAUCAUCCAGAAUGGCUUCUUGUGUAGCUCCUUCUAUUUGUAAACUUAUAUGGAACUUAAGAGAGUGUCACAAUGCUGUCCCUCCACGUCCUUACUAUGAGGCUUGUGUUAUGGAUGGAUGCUCCCUGCCAAAGCGAAACACUGAAUGCAGAAGUCUCCAGGCCUAUGCAGCCUUGUGUGGAUACCAGGGGAUCUGUGUGGACUGGAGAAGCAAAAGCAAGGGGAAGUGUGAACUCACGUGCUCGCAAGACCAAAUCUACAAACCAUGUGGGAGAACAGAAAGACACACUUGCUAUAGUGGAAAAAGUUCUGUCACCACUAAUCCACCACAAGAUGACGUCCUAGGAAUAUUUGUUGAAGGAUGUUUCUGCCCUGAAGGAAUGAUCCAGCUGAACAACCAUGAUAGUGUUUGUGUUUCUGCCUGUGGCUGCACAGGACCAGAUGGUUUACUGAAACAGCCAGGAGAACUAUGGGAAAAAGAUUGUCAGACCUGUACCUGUAGUAACGAAACAUUGAACAUUACUUGUUCACCCCACAUUUGUGCCAAGUCCCCACCAAUCACUUGCAUAAAGGAAGGAUUUGUACCUAUAGUACGUCAAAAUUCAAAAGACGCCUGCUGUACGGAGACAGUGUGUGAAUGUGAUGUAAGGUCAUGUUCUAUGCAUCAAAAGGAAUGCAACCCAGGUUUCCAGUUGGUAAUAGCAGCUUCUAAAGAUGGAUGUUGUACCAUUUAUUCCUGUGUACCAAAAGGUGUUUGUGUAUAUAAAGGCAUUGAGUAUCAGCCUGGAUCACUGGUAGCUUUAAACUCUUGUGAUGAAUGUGUUUGUACUGAGACAAAGGAUUCUGAAACCAAAAUAAACCAAAUUAAGUGUUCUCCAAUAAAGUGCUCUACUGAAUGUCAUCAGGGUUUCCACUAUAUCCAUGAAGAAGGGAAAUGCUGUGGCGAAUGUACACAGGUGGCUUGCAUUGCAAACUUUUCAUCAGGGAUAGUGACUCUUGAGGUGGGAGAGAUCUAUAAGGAUCCACAAGCUAACUGUACUCAGUAUAUGUGCACUAAAUCAUCAGGUCGUUUUUUUCUGAGCAGCACAGUAAUGACCUGCCCACUGACUGAAAAAUCAAGCUGUGUCCCAGGAACCAUUGAAACUACACCAGAUGGAUGCUGUAAGACUUGUCACCCCUUGUCACAUAACUGUUCAGUUAGUCUAAGGCGACAAUAUGUUGUUCACAACCGGUGUAAAUCUGCCAAACCUAUCUUGGUGUCCUCCUGCAAAGGAUCUUGUAGCACCUACUCUGUGUAUUCCUUUGUUACUAACAAAAUGAUGCACCAAUGCACAUGUUGCCAUGCAACAAAAUACCAUAAAAUGAAAGUGGAACUGGUUUGCAGGGGAAGGAAGCGAAUCAGAUACACAUAUCUUCACAUUGAGGAAUGUGGCUGUGUCAAGACAAUAUGUGCUACAUAAAGCUAGGAAUCAAAUGUGCUGGAGAAAAAAAACCUUGUCUUUAAAAAAACCCUUUAUCUGGAAGUGCUUCACAACAGCCAUGAACAAUUGUGGUAUCUCUUGAUGAAGGUGCAUCACGCUAUUUUUUCCUCUAAUGUGAGGUGUUCAGAGUUCUGUUUAAAAGUGAUUCAGUGCUGUAAUCAUCUCUGUUACUUUGAUUACUCCAGAAGAUUGGACAAUUAACAAGAGAACUAUGCCUUAAAUAUAUGUCAAGCUGUAUUUGCAUGUUCUCUGAUUUUCUCUUGCAAUUACCUUUCCUAAAUUAGCCACAGAAUGCACUCAUGUCUUUCAUUCCAAAAUGCUUCACAAACAAGUAUAGUAGUCUGAAGAUAUUUUUUUUGAACUCAUAUCCAUGCUGGAAGAAGAUUGGUCAGUGUAUAAAUUGACAUUACUACAACUUUAAAAAGAAAGUGUUCA